UACGAACAUUUGGGAUGCUUUCUAGACUCGGAGAAUAGAACGGUUCCCUAUGAAAAGAUGCAUUCAAACUACAUGACCAUUACAAGAUGUUCAAAAUAUUGUUGUUCUAUGUCUAAUUAUACCUACAUUGGAACAGAAGUCGGCUGGGAAUGCUACUGCGGAAACGACAGCUCACAAUUUAUUCCGAUGCCAGAAACAGAUUGUAUUCACCGAUGUGAUGGAAAUCAAGAAGAGAAAUGCGGGGGAUAUUGGCGCUUGAGCAUUUAUAAAAUCGAAUGCCCAAAUGAGGACCCAAGCCACACAACAACGAUACAAAUACCUAAGACCAGUACACAUUUUCCAACAUUAGACGAAGUAUUGGAAAAUAUCGCUAAAAUUCAAAAAGAAAUUUUAGUUGAUCGAAAAGAAACAACAGCCUAUAAGAAUACUAAAGUUUCAGCAAAAGACGACCGGUUGUCAUCGAAGUCAAUUGGAAUUGUGGGAAUUCUUGUUGUGGUGCUGCCAUUCUUUAUAUUAUUUCUUCUUGAUAUUAACACGUGGGUCAGUCCGGGAGCAAGGGCUAAAAAACGUAACCUGAGAAAAAAUAAAGUUGUUGAUUAAAACAUAUUUCUAGCAAACGGAAUCGAUACAGGAAUUG